ACAAGUGACGUGUUGAACAUGUGACAGGAUGUUCUCCCUCACUACAACUCCCACAGUGCUGCGCGCUGCGAUCAUGUGACAAGAAUGGUCAGGUGGCAUAUGAACAACAGCUGACCAGGGAAGAUCGUAGGUACGGAUGGUGGCAGCAUUUUCCUGAGCAGGAUGUCCCUGGGUAAUGUGGCCAUCAAUUCAGACUACUCAUGGGAUGCAGGAGAACGUGCCCGCCUCUUGCAGAGUCCCAUUGUCCCGGAGACCAGGAGACUGACAGGAGGCACUUCUGCCAUUGGGGCAGUUUUUAUAGUGGUCAAUGCAGCUCUAGGUGCUGGCCUGCUGAACUUCCCUGCCGCUUUCAGCGCAGCAGGAGGAGUCACAGCAGGGAUUGUACUGCAAUUGGUUCUACUGCUCUUUAUCAUCACGGGUCUGGUAAUUCUGGCUCACUGUGCAGAUGCCUGCAGUGAGCGGACGUACCAGGAGGUGGUGCGGGGGAUCUGCGGACGUGUGACAGGGGUGUUCUGUGAGAUCCUCAUUGCUGUUUACACCUUUGGCACUUGCAUUGCCUUCUUUAUCAUCAUAGGUGACCAACUGGAGAAGCUUCUUGGUGCCAUGAUGCACAGCCUGGCAGACAGUAACAUCCCAUGGUACGCAGACCGAAAAUUCACCAUCACAAUCACUGGAAUUCUGUUUGUCCUGCCACUGUCACUACCGCGUGAGAUCAGCGUCCAAAAAUAUGCCAGCUCUCUCAGCGUCUUGGGUACCUGCUACGUGACCUUCAUUGUCAUCUACCGAUGUGUGAAGCCCACAAGUGAACUUCCAUCUGACAGUGCCACCCGCAGUGCUUCCUCUUGGAUUGCUGUGUUUAAUGCUGUUCCCACAAUAUGUUUUGGAUACCAGUGCCAUGUCAGCAGUGUCCCGGUGUAUGGCAGCAUGCAGCGGCAGGACAUACGACACUGGGCCAUCAUAGUGACUACAGCCAUGUGUAUUGCUCUGUGUGUCUACACUGGAACAGGAGUGUGUGGCUAUCUGCUGUUUGGCUCAGCUGUAGACCAAGACGUCCUCCUCUCCUUCCCCUCUGAUGACGUUCCAGUUGCUAUUGCUCGAGCAUUCAUAAUCUUGUGUGUGCUGACAUCGUACCCCAUAUUACACUACUGUGGACGGGCUGUGGUAGAGGGUUUGUGGCUGAGGUUCACAGCACAAGAAGCUGGCGAGGAGCCGACUAGAGAACGACGCCGGAGAAUCCUUCAGACCCUGACCUGGUUUGUGCUCACGCUGCUAUUGGCACUUUUCAUCCCAGACAUUGGGAGAGUGAUUUCCCUGAUUGGGGGUCUUGCUGCUUGUUUCAUUUUCAUAUUUCCAGGGCUCUGUCUCAUAAACCUUAAGCUGUCUGAAAUUCAGGAACAAAAGAGCAGAAGCUGGUGGGCAUUGCUUAUUUAUGGAGUUACCAUGGUUACCCUUGGAGUCUUCAUCUUUGGACAGACCACAACCAAGGCAAUCUUCGUGGACCUGAUGGGUUGAUCCAAGAAUCUGAUUUUUAAAUGAACGGUAAACUUACUUGAAUAUCACAUACAUAUAUGACAUUCCCUUCUUGUAGCAUCAUUACCUCUGGGCAUUCUUCUGUCGGAUAUCAUUUCCUGGACAAUAACCCCUGGUACCUGUCUGUCCAUCUUGGCUGCAUGUGUCCUUCCAGAACUCCCGUGCUGAGGUCCUGAGUAGUCUUAAUUUCUGCAGAAUGAACACUAAAACAACAGAGCCAGAGAUGAUCAGUGGACAUUCCAAAAUGGCUGCUGUAUGUACAAACCUUGCACCGUUUAGCUGCUUCAUUCCCUAAAGUCUUUUGAGAGCACAAGGAUUGUGACGUCCACACCUGAGCAGCAGUCAUUCACAGUUCCUGCUUCAUUUCUUGACAGUUUAUUAAUAAAGGGGUACUCCAGGGAAGUAAAGAAAAAAAAAUGCCACAAAGCUUCCACAAUACCUUGUCUGGGUCCCAUGUGCGGUGGUCUUGCGAUUCCACCCGCUCCUGUGGCCCCUGGUGUUCUCCAGGACUUUUCACUAUUCUUUCCCCCUUGCUUCUAUCUAAAACUACAAUUCCCGGCAGUAAGCGCGGCUGAGCUCUGACUGCCGAACUAUUCUUAUUCGCCUGAGGCUCUUCUCUGCUCUGCUAGAUCGUAACACAGGGAGCUGAGGGGAGGGGGGCUGUGCUAUGAGCUUGUCUUGGAGCACUGAGACUAGCCCCACCUUUUCAAGAGAGUGGACCUGAUGGGGACGUUUAUGUACCACUUUCUGCAUGUAAGUGACAGCUGAAACAGGAAAACUGCUCUAUAUAGGUAAUGAAUUAUAUUUAGACAGAUAAAUAGGUUGGGGUCCUCACGUUACCAGUGAUGUCACCACCUUUUCUGUGAUCUUCACAAAGGACAUGGGCUCCUUAGGGAGAGGAGCAAUAUGCAGGGGAUUCUGAAUGAACACCACAUUUUCACUUAUCUACAGGCAGGGCGGAACUAGCUUUUUGUAAUGAGACUUUGUAUUGAUGUUUUUCUAUUUUUUUUUUAUUUCCAUUCAGGCAAUGGUUCCACAAUGUUGUAAUAUUUUCUUUUCUUGUAUUCUUUUUUAAAAUGAUUUAUGUCCAUGAGUUUUAAAUCUUAACUUGUCCCCCAAAUCCCAAACUUGGUUUUAAAUUGUAAUGGAAGGUCUAGAAUGAUCUGCAAAAUCCCUCUCUCUCUUAAAUGUACUCAACAUGGCUCCUAGCUAUGGAAGAGUUUAUCUCUAAAAGCAGUCUUAGGGUAGGUUCACACAUGCCAUAUUUUGCUACGUAUUUGCUGCUGCAUAUUUUCCUUCCCAUAGAAGUCAAAUCCGAAGGAAAAUACAUAGCAGCAAAUACGCAGCAAAAUUACGGUACGUGUUACCCCACCCUUGGGGUAAGUUCACUUGUGCAUAUUUUUGCUGCAGAUCUGCUGCUGUAGAUUUUGCUGCCAAUUGAUUUCAAUGGAUACCACAAUCUGUUACAGCAAACCUGCAACAGAUCUGCAGCAAAAAUACCUUUAGGGCGCAUUCACACUAUAGAAUUUCUAAACGUAAUUCCUCUUGUUUUAAUGGGAUUCUGCUGCACCGCGCAUAUUGAUGAAUUUCCAUGGUGGAAAAUUUUGCAAGUUCAUUGUUUUGGCAGCUCUGCUAGGAUAUAUUGCUGUCAAUGAUGACAAUGCAUAUCGAGCAUUUCUAGUGCUGCUGUGCACGGAAUGUCCACCCAGAGUUUUUGCAGGCGGACAAUCCGUAGUGUGUAGAAUGUGCCCUAAGUGUGCUCACUCAUCAAAGUUUUUGGGGGCGCUGCUACAACACAGAAAGCUUUACAUUUUCACUAAUGGAUGAAUCCUAACAUUAAUGUCGAUAUGAUGAGCUUCUGGAGACUUUGGUUCAAAGAAAUUGUAUGUGCCUGCAAUACCUCUUUUAAGGCUUCAGCGGGUGAUUAAUAUAUACAAUUUCUGAAUUUCUGAUCAAGGCCAGAGCUUUGCUGCAGGAGUUAUGGCUGCUAUAACAGAACACGUUGGUCAUCUGCUGCUGUGUUUUUCAGGACUUGGUGCUGUUUAAUGCAAUUGAAGUUGUCAAAUCUGUGUGCAAUAUUUUUUCACAAGUAAAGGGAAUAUGUUGACCAUG